GUAAGGCUGGGCCGUGGUAUAGAAUAUGGGCCCGACUAAUUACAAACAAAGAUUUUGUAUGGACAAACAUUCACAACAAAAACAAAAACAAACUCUUAACUGCUAGUAGUAUCAUGUCAGGUACUUUCUGGCUGAACUUAGUUUCAGUUGACAUUGUUUUAGGGGCUAUAUAACAAACCAAAUCCACCUUGGCUUAUGGCUUAGUCGCUCUGAAAAACGACGGCCCCAUGAUCUCCCGACCCAACUCUCUGUUUCUCAAGUCCAUCACCCGCCAUUUCCUUUCAAAGCCACUUCAUUUCUCACCCUUCAUUCCCCGCAACACGAGACUCACCAAGCAAGAAUGCAUACACCUUCUCAAGAGCUGCAAAUCAAUGCAAGAGCUCAAACAAAUCCAAUCCCAAGCCUUCAGGAUCGGCCUCCACCAAAACAAAGACGUCCUCAACAAGCUCCUAGUCGUCUGCACCGACCCCUCUCAAGGAAACCUCUGGUACGCGCAAAGAAUCUUUCAUUAUAUCGAGGACCCUUAUUUGUUCGUCUACAAUGUGAUGAUCAAGGCGUUUGCCAAGGCUGGUAGGUUCAGGAGAGCGAUUAUGCUCUUUGAUGAAUUGAGGGUGCGGGGCUUGUGGCCGGAUAAUUUCACGUAUCCUUUUGUUUUUAAGUCCAUUGGGUACUUGAAGGAGGUUUUGGUGGGUGGAAAGGUUCAUGGGUUUGUUUUGAAGUGUGGGGUUGAGUUCGACUGCUAUGUCUGUAACUCGUUGAUGGACAUGUAUGCUGAAUUGUGUUGUGUUGGGAAUUUGAGGAAGGUGUUUGAUGAAAUUCCUGAGAGAGAUGUGGUUUCUUGGAAUGUUCUGAUUUCUGGCUACGUUAGGUGUGGCCAAUUCGAGGAUGCUGUUAGUGCUUUCAGGAGGAUGCAACGGGUGAGUACAGUGAAGCCGGAUGAAGCAACUGUUGUAAGUACUCUUACAGCUUGUGCAGCUUUAAAGAAUUUGGAACGUGGCAUGGAAAUUCACCGUUAUGUUUGUAAUGAGCUUGGAUUCACCACUACAAUUAGCAACGCGUUGUUGGAAAUGUACUCCAAGUGUGGAUGCUUGAGCACAGCCCAACAAAUUUUCCAUGCAAUGCCAGAAAAAAAUGUGGUCUGUUGGACUAGUAUGGUCUCUGGAUAUGUGAACCAUGGUCAGUUGGAUAAAGCUAGAGAUUUGUUCGAGAGGAGUCCAGCGAGGGAUAUUGUUCUUUGGACAGCUAUGAUUAAUGGGUACGUGCAGUUUAACCGUAUUGAUGAAGCAGUUGCCCUGUUCCGGAAUAUGCAGAUGGAAAGACUUAAACCGGAUAAGUUUGUACUGGUUGCUCUCCUUACAGGUUGUGCUGAAGUGGGAGCUUUAGAACAAGGGCAAUGGAUUCAUGGAUACAUUGAUGAGAACAGGAUUACACUUGAUGCUGUUGUUGGUACUGCUCUUAUAAAUAUGUAUUCAAAAUGUGGGUGCAUAGACAAAUCCCUGGAGAUCUUUCAUGUGUUGAAAGAGAAAGAUACAGCGUCAUGGACUUCUAUUAUUUGUGGGCUUGCCAUGAAUGGGAAGGCUACCAAAGCGCUUGACUUGUUCUCGGAGAUGGAGCGAGCAGGGUUUAAACCUGAUGAUAUCACCUUUAUUGGUGUUUUAAGUGCUUGUAGUCACGGAGGACUAGUAGAGGAAGGCCAAAGAUAUUUUAAUUCCAUGAGAAGAAACUAUCAGUUGGUACCUAAGUUAGAACAUUAUGGAUGUCUGAUUGACCUCCUUGGUCGUGCGGGUCUACUCAAUGAAGCAGAGGAAUUGAUUGAAAAGGCACCAAAAGAAAAUAAUGAAAUUAUAGUACCACUUUAUGGUGCUUUGCUCAGUGCCUGCAGAACCUAUGGCAAUGUUGACAAGGGGGAACGGGUGGCUAGACGACUUGUGCAAAUUGAAAAUAGUGAUUCUAGCAUACACACUCUCUUGGCCAAUAUUUAUGCAUCUGCAGACAAAUGGGAAGAUGUAACAAAGGUAAGAAAAAAAAUGAAAGCCCUAGGAGUCAGGAAGGCCCCUGGUUGCAGUUCCAUUGAAGUUGAUGGUAGUGUUCAUGAGUUCCUAGUUGGAGAUGCAUCUCACCCAGAUAUGAAAGAAGUUUAUGCUAUGUUGGAUAGCUUCAUUAAACCAUUGUCAGGCAUGGAAGAAAUUGAAAAGGAAAAAGAUAACUCAGUUGCAGAAAUUUCAUGACUGAAGCCAUAUUUUGGAAUAUUCAAAUAGCUAUUUGUUGUAAUGCCAUAUUUUCAGAAAGAUAUAAAUUUAGGAUUUGGCCGUUUUGUCUUAUAUCAUAUUUGAUUUAGCCAUUUAUGAAAGAUGGUGUUGAACCCGGUACAUUCUUUCACGGGAGGGGCAUAAGUUAGUCCGUAGUUUCCUAAGAAGUGAUGAGGCUACAUACAUGGAGAGCUCACUCUAAUUUGUUAGCAUAGAAUCGAGUCUAACGGUGCAUAGAAGAAGAUGCUCAAGAAAGUUCCGGCUACUUGCAUGAGCAGGAGAAUGAAUUCACUGCAUUCUGAAGGAUUCACUGACAAACACACUAACAUAGAUUGCAUCUGCUGGAGCAUAAUCACAACCACCAUCAUCGUCAUCAUCGCCAUUACCCUCCAUGGAUGCUGCAGGAGCGUAGCCAUAGUCUCCGUCAUCAUCAUCACCAUCUCCUUCCAUGCAUGCUUCCAGGGUGUAAUCGUAGCCAUCACCCCCAUCGUCAGCUCCAUCCGGAUGCUUCUUGUACCAUCGCAUAAUGGCCUUUGAAAAUGAGAGCCAUUUUUCUACAGAAAAAUUGGGAGAAGCAAGGAGAGAAUUAGUGGAAUUAGUGUUGUGUCGAGAUGGGUAGGAGGAGGAGAAGAAACUCGAGGUUCAGGCUUGGAUGGAGCUUGGCUGGGAGGUGAGUAGGCAUUGCUUACAUAAAGGGAAGAGAUCAAGCUAUGCUCGUUUUGUCACAGGGAAGCCACAAGUAGCGCCAUGAGGUCCUUCCAGGUGGGAAAUUCAAAUUACAGUCAGCAUUAAAGGGUUUUUUCACCCAAUAGAAGAAAAGCAUCGUCAGUGCAUGGUUGGGGCAGAAAAAAGGGGUGGGAUUUUUUCAGUUUGCUGACAAUGAAAGCUCAUAAAAAGGGAGGCCUUUAAACAGGGUAGAACCUGUGAGGGAUAUUGUACUCUAGAAAUGGGUUUUUUAACACCUCUUUGAAGGGGCAAUCUAGACAUUUCACGUACCCUCUUCGUCUAGCUCAAUGAGAUUGCCUUGCCUCUUCAGCAAUGUGGAAUUCCAUGAACCACAAAAGCCAACAUCUGUUGAGGAAAAGGAAAGCAAAUUAAUGUUCUGAUUGAACAUAGCUUGGAAUCUUGGUGGAAGUUUGCAUAAAGCAGCAGUAUUGAUUUCUACCAUAUUUAGACAAAUUAUGGGAAACACACAAGUGCAUGCAUGGGCACAGCAAUACUUGAAUUUGAACUUUGUAGGUUAAAGUUUU